GAGCUGUUUCACGGCUACACAGUCGUCUUCUGUUUAAAUGUGUCCUCUACAGCGUGUUGUUGGUUAUGAAAAGUCCAGAGUUAUGCAGGUUAUGGAAACUUAACCUCGGUUCUUCGACGGACAGAAUCACCCAGAGAGAAAAACAGCAGACUUCCUGAGUCAAUACCGUACAUUUACACAGGAUGGCAUCCCCUUCACCUCAUGACCGCAGCCGUAAAGACGAUGAGGAUGACCCUGUUGAACGGAUGAUAUCGCGCACAGGCUGUGCCGAGCUACACUAUGCUGUGCAGGAGUGCAUGGCUGAACACCAGGACUGGCGUGUGUGCCAGAGCCAGGUCCAGACUUUCAAAGACUGUAUGAUGAAUUUCCAGAACAUGCGGAAAAAACAGCUGAUGAAACAGCAGCCAACCUCCACUGAGUCCGCACCCAGCUGAACUCACAAAACCACACAAACACACACACACACACAUAGAGUGGUUUGGAGUAUUGAGGACCUGUUUGAUAUGUUUGAUGUGGAAAGACUGUAUUUAAUGUAAUUAUUUGUAAUGAAAAUCAGCAAGUAUAAGCAGCUAAAAAUAAGCCUGACUUGGACUUUCACGUAUGUGGUGUAGAGCCUGACCUGUAAAUCAGAUAUAUCAUCUUAGCUGUAUCUGUUUAUAUGUUGACUGAUAAAUAAAAAUAUUUUUGAGUACAGAAA